AUGAAUCGAUACCACCGACUGUCUCGUGAUAUACGGGCAGCGAAGACUACUCACAGGGUCCCGUCCCCUGAAAGCCCUAGACAAAUAGUACAUGAAGAGACUUUGCGGAUUGAGAAAGCAAACUGUUCUGUCAAUGCUACAAACGACUCAAUGAGCAAUGGAUUCGCCUCCUUCAUAAUCCCGAGGGUUCCACUUCCACUGAAACUAGGGCAUGUGCUAGAAAACGAUGAGUUGGCGGAAGAAUUUCGUUUGCUUGAGCAUAGCGCUGUUUCGGUUGGAUACAACACACCCAACUCUCCCACAGUUGAUUUAUUCAGCACCAUACGGUUUCCUUUUCAGCUGAACGAACGUGACGAGUAUCUGCUAUUUCAUUACCGCGCCGUAUUCAACUACACAAACAUACCUGUUAACCCAAAGGUUGAAUGGCUAAGAUUUGCCAUCACCAACGAUGCACUUCUCCAUGUGACGCUCAUUAUUUCGGCUCUUCAUAUUGCACUUAUUCGCGGCAAAACGUUCAGCGUUGAUGCAUUUCGACACCACACCAAAGUCACCAAAGUGAUAAACAAUCGGCUAAAUAACCAAGCAUUAAGGGACACCGACUCCACCAUUCUUGCCAUAUCGUGCCUUGCAUUGCUUGAAAUCCUCAAUGCCUCCCCGCUAGCAGCAAGCGCUCACAUCGUAGCUCUCGAGCAGCUAAUAAACCGUCGGGGCGGACUUGUGGCUUUGGGGCUUGAUGGAAUUGUUCGGAGAAAAGCACUUUGGGCAGAUCUUAGCAGCGCCAUCGCGCGGCACACGGAGCCACGCUUUCCAUAUUCGCCCAACAUCCUAGCCACUACGCUGCCAUCGGACUCUGUUCAAAAUACCGUUGAUCCAUUAAUCGCAAACAUGUGUGCCGAGAUCUCGUCACUGCAAAUAGACCCUUCUGGUACCCGUGGUCUUUCCGCCAUUAUCCAUGAUCUUGAACGGCUAUCCUUGGUCAUCAAAUCCGCCAAUCGCGCUGAUAUCACUGAAAUGGACAGUCUGAAGUUGAGUGACUGCUUUUAUGAUGUCGAACGACGUGCAUAUGACCUGUUUCAAGUUGAUGGUGUACAUCUGAUAAACACGGUACGAUCCGGAUCGAAUGUCCUACUUGACCUGCCCUCUGCAUUAUACACAGCAUGCUGCCUCGCCGGGAUUAUAUACUCCUACGUUGGACUUCGUGAAAUACCUUCGCGAGCCGGGAUCUUCACACCGCUUUUGGCUGACCUGACGCACAUAAUUCAAAAUAUUGAUACACUCGCAGCCUGCACUGCGUACCCAAAACUUUUGUUCUGGGUUCUGAACACUGGGGGUAUAGCUGCUAAAGGGAGAGAAGAGAGGCAUCAAUAUGUGAAAUUUCUUGCCGAUCUCUGCGAAAAGGGAAUGAUUCCGAAUGGUCGGAGAACGGGAGAGCUAGCUAGAGGUCUCAUGCAUGUGACACCCAUGUUUCUGGCAGAGUGUCUCGAUGUUUGGAAUGAGGUUGAAGAGUUGCUGAUUAUGAGGCAUUUGUGUUAUAGUUAA